AUGGAGCGGACGACUUGAAUUAAUGCGCUAACAACUGACGCUGAGUAUCGCGUGCAACUUUGCCACGGAGAGAGUGAUCUUCCAGCAGGCAGUGCCAAUACCAAUUCCAAUGCCGGUAUGUCAGUGUAAACCCAACAGUUUAACGUGCAAAAAGCUCGAUCAAUGUGCUGAUCUUACAAUCUAGUGAUCGUGGCGAGCGCGUCACAAAAAAUACUGGCGACGUACGCAAAAUAAAACAAAAAAAAACAAAAAAAGAUAGCCAAAUGGUAAUAAAAAUAAAAAUGUACACAAAAUUAAUAUUUAUAAAAAAAUGUGCAACAAAAGCGUUGUAAAUGCAUACAUCCGGUUCUGACUGCGAAGUGCAAUUAUCUAUACUUAACGAAAGCGCGCGCGUGCGUGUGUAUUGAGAAGGAUAUGAAAACGCAAUAAAAGAAUUGAAGGAAAUAACACGCUAGUUUGCGAAUCUAGCAGGCGCUUUAAGGUCUUGUUGCACGCGCAGGCGCCGCCUGCUCGCACUCCCUCCGCCAAGCCGUCAUAUGUGGCGUCGCCAAAAGUGCAGUGCAAAUCAAAAGUGACCAUCUUUUCUAAGCAUAUAAAAAUCAAAUUGCGUGUUUCAAAUCUAAGUGAAAUCAUCUGUUGACUAUGUCUAAGUGAAUAACGCAAUAUAUAAGUGCGCGCUGUACCGCACGACCCAAAAAACGCAAGCGCAACUGCAUAAAUCGUAUGAGCCGCCGGCUUUUUUCGUACACUUUGUUUGCAUACAACACAUCGCGCUCGUGUGCUUUCCUCAGUGCCAUAGCGCUAGUGCGAAACUAAGUUAUGCGCUCCAGUAUACCAGUGCGAUCGCUAUCAUACGUUGUGCCACACCGUGUUAUUCCGCCAUUUAGGCAUUUUGCAUUCUAUACCGCCUUAUCGGCGUACAGCAUCGGGCAUUGUACAACACCGGUCGGGCGUGUUUAGGGAGCGCGUGCGCUCUACUGUAGUUGACACUAGUAAUUGAAACUACUGUCUCAGUAUAUAGUAUAACGCGCCGCCGCGUUCGCGUUUGUCAAAAGCAUAUCGCUUUGCCACCAUCUCCGCUUGGCCAGCCAGCGGCAGCUAUCUAUGCGCGCGCUGGUAAUUAAUUAUGUUUGCAUCGCGUAAGUUGACAAUCGAGUUGCAAUCGCUAACAUUUCAACAGUGAAUUUGUGGUUACAACGCGGCGAUAUCAACGCAGAUUUCAGCUUUAUUAACUUUUGGCAUAUGAACUUAAGUUUGCAGUUUCCGGUACUUAGUGCGUGCAAUCACGCGCACAAAACGCUUCGUGCAUUUGAUAUCAAUACUUUUACGGUAACGUCCUUUUAAAGACUGAUUUUGUAAUUUAAUGUAAAAGCAAAACAAACAAAAAUAAAAAACUAUAUUCAAAACGACAACAACAGCGAAAAUGCGCGAGAGCCAAUCAAUUGAAGGAAAUAACCAACUGCAAUUAUAAUUCAAUCAUGGAAUCCUUAGGUGCUUUGUGUCAGUGAAACUACCAAAUGGAGUACAAACCAGCGAUCGAUUUUAUCGUUUUAUUUUCAGUUCUAUUUUCGUUUCAUUUGAGUUCUCCUUCUCAGUGUGUUUUCUUUUCGUGUGCACUUUUGUUUGAUUUUACGCGUGAAAAUGUUGUUAGCAAUGCGUCGCGAGCGUGAACACCACCACGCCGCAGUCAUAGCAACAGUACCGUCAACCGUCACAGCAGCCACCGCGAACGGCAACGCCGCUACCACAGAGUCAACGCCAGUCAGUGUGUCGGCCACCACGAAUGGUCUAGUAGUGCCCUGUGUUAGUACAGCACUUCAGCUGUCACCUAACUUGAGUGUCGCAGCAAACGCAACGUCUUGCACCUUACAACACCAUCAUCUGUUGCAGCAACAACAACUGCAACAGCAACAGCAAGAACUUCAACAACACGCACAACAUUUGCAACAACAACAAGCGGACUCAUUAAAUACACCCACAACACCAUUGCUGAACAUAGGUCGUAGUCCUUUGCAAUUUCCUCCGCCUCCACCGCCACCCGUACAAGUGCAAGCGGGGCCACAAUUCGGCUUCUAUACACCUAGCACGGGUGCAGCCACUUACCUGCAUCCGCAUUAUCCACUGUCCUCUGGUGUACCGACGUCAGUUAGCACUUCACUGGUGCCAGUCAACACCGGAAGCGCCUCUUUGGCGAAUGGUGCGCCGCGUUCCAGCUCAGCCCAGUCGACGGAAUUAGACGAAUACGUUGACAUCUUACAAGUACAGCAACUAUUGUUGGACUCAUCAGCGUCUGCUAGUCAGCAGCAAGCUUUGGCCGCAGCUAAUGGUGGUAAUACGAGUACUAAUGGCACAACCUCGACGACGAGCUCACAACAAAGUUUGCCCAAACCACGGCCGCGCUUGAAUCUGCAGAAAGCUUCAGAAUACGCUGCUCAAGUGCAAGCGGAGUCUCCAUCAUCUCGUCGCAUGCUACUCGAUUAUCCCAGUCCAUAUUUAUACGGAAAUCAUUAUCACUCGUCGCCCAAUGAGGACCUCGUUGCCCUCUGGUUCGGCAGCAAUGGAACAGGUGGCGUAGCCCCUGGAACCCCAUCAGCGGCCAUGAUCAUGGAAGGGCUUGAAACCCUUGUGGCGCCAUCGCAUCACGCAUUCCUACUAACCGAAUCCGCCGCCGCCGCACACUUCAAUGUGCUGAGCUUCGAUACGUGUCUCUUCAAGACCACCGCACAGACUAGUCCCUCGACCGCGGCCACAUCGGCGGCCACCUAUCUCAGCACCCCAUCACAUACAUUUGGCGGUGGCCAUUUGGGCGCCGCCCAAACGUUACUCCACUACAAUCUCUCGACGGCGAAUAACAAUCAUCAGACCGCCCUAGCGUGCAGCAGCAGCGGCAGCAGCAGCGCGUGUAAUACAGCGACAACCAAUAAUAUUGUCACAUCCGCGGCAGCAGGCACAAAUUCAGCGUUGAGCGCUGCCAUUUCACGUACAAAUUUCACACGUAUCGGUGUUGCCACCAACAACAGUAGUAGCAACAGCAACAGCAGUAAUACAAGUUGUAAUACAGUAGCGACCGCAGUACAGCAAGCAAACGCGGCGCUAACAUCGCCAACGCUAGCGGCAAGCGCCGCAGUCACUGCAGCCAACAACAACAGUAAUAAUAAUAGUGGACGCAAUUCCGCGACACAUUUGAGUCUGCUCAAUACCGCACAACAUAGUCCGGGCAGUCACGCGGCAGCCAGUUUAGGUGGCGUCGGCGCCACUCCCAACGGCGUAGAUAUCGCAAGCAGCGUUGUCAAGCAAUCGCAUCAGCAGUCAUUGCCGUCGGACGCGCAGUGCGGUGAUACGCAGACGGGCGAUCUCAAUACGCCCGUCACCACAUCCAACGAUAUUCCAUCAUUCUUCGGACCAUCAACCAUUGUUGAGCCGCCACCCAUUACAGGUUCCAUCGAAUCAGAGGAUUUGUCCCUCGAACCCCAGCCCACAUCCAGUCCGGUGCUGUGCAGUCCAUUGAAGGAGGAGCGCAGCACACCGCCAACUUUGGCCAUUGUCAAGGAAGAAACAAGUAAUAAUAGUUGUACCAUGUACCCUACACAUCUAAGUCAGAAUCAGACAACAACAUCUACAACAACAGCAACAAGCACGACAUUAUGUAAUAAUACUGUCAAUACAAGUACUCAAAAUAAUACACAACAACAGCAACAACAACACCAUCAAAGCCAACAACACCAUCAACAGCAGACACAACAUACACAACACCAUCAACAACAUGCCGGCCAACAUUCACCACACCGCCAUCACCCGUAUCAACAUCCACAACAGCAACAACAUCACUUACAACAACAACAAAACCAAAUAACACACCACAACUCCUUACACCAAAACCAACAUCAACAACAACACCUGCAACACAAUAGUCAUCAUACACAGCAUCAUCAACAACAACAACAACAACAACACCAUACACAAUAUCAGCAUACGGUGCAUAGCCUUCAUCAACCACACGCCCAUCAACAACACCAUCACCAACAACAUCAACAACAACAACAGCAUGCGCAACAACACCAACAACAGCAGCAACAACAACAACAAACGCAUGCAACUAGCAAUAGCAAUAGCGGCAAAAUAUCAUAUCGUGGCAUUUUCACCACUACAGGUAAUACAGCGAUGAGCGGUCUGCAUUCCGCAGCUGCCGCCGCCGCUGCCGCAACUCAGCAACAACAACAGCAGCAACAACAGCAACAUCAGCAUCAGCAGCAGGCUGCGCAACAACAGAUUGGUUCGCCACAAUUGAGCGUGUUGCCUGGACAAAUGUCUCCACCGUCCGCUGGUCUUGGCAAUAGCUGGGGUCUACCCAGCCCUGAUAAGACACUCUUCCAGCCACCCAUAUUCAGCUUACUCGGACCUGGUCCACAGAGUACAGCACAAGCACAUUAUGCCGCCCAACAAACUGUAGCGCAACCAUCGUCGACACCCUCACCCUCGCAUCACAUGCACGCUGGCGGUUAUGAUGACGGCCGCGCGGCAGCUCAGCAUGUUGAACUACUCGGUCUCAACAUGGAUUGCUCACCGAUUAUAUUAAAACAACCGCCACCAAGCUAUAGCAGCACCAGCAGCUUCACCAGCCUAGCGGAUAUGCAACAGGCGCAAGCCAAUCAUGAGUUGCAACAAUACCGUCAACAAAUAUCUGUCGCCGCGACUAAGUACCAGUGGCUAGAUUCGCCAGCCGAAUACGGUGGCGCGCAACAGUCCUUGGUAGUACCCGGUCCAUCAUCCGCAACCUCUUCGGCAGCCGCAGCAUCCGUAAUUGGUGGUAUCAUUCCAAAGCAAGAGGCUUACUCGGAUCCCACGCCGCCACACCAUAUGCAACCGCCAGCAUCGCAAGGCCAAUCUGGCUAUUCCGUUGUGCAACUAGCUGAAUACAGUCCGUCGACAAGCAAGGGUCACGAAAUUUUGUCACAAGUGUAUCAGCAGAGCACCAUGCCGCUCAAACUGGUGCCAGUAAAGCCACGCAAGUAUCCGAAUCGGCCAAGUAAAACACCUGUACACGAGCGCCCAUACGCCUGCCCCGUGGAGAAUUGCGACCGUCGCUUUUCGCGAUCCGAUGAACUUACACGCCACAUACGCAUACAUACCGGUCAAAAACCCUUCCAGUGUCGUAUUUGCAUGCGUUCCUUCAGCCGCUCCGAUCACCUUACAACGCACAUACGCACGCACACCGGUGAGAAACCUUUCUCCUGUGAUAUCUGCGGUCGCAAGUUUGCGCGUUCCGACGAGAAGAAGCGUCACGCCAAGGUGCAUCUCAAACAACGUAUUAAGAAAGAAUCCAAGUUGAGUCAACAACAACAGCAGCAGCAACAACAACAAGCCGCAGCAGCGGCGGCAGCAGCUGCACAACAACAACAACAACAUCAUCAUCACCACUCAGCUCAUCACAUGCUUCAUUCCGGCGAUCUACCCAUUGUGACGAGUAGCGCUACCAGUUUGUAGGCCGAAACUAAUUCAUCAUCGAAUGAUUCCAUCUCACGAACAACUCCGCCAUCGUUGCCAACGCCACCGCUAUUCGCGGAGGAUUGGCAUGCGGAGCUUUCAUCGCCUUUCUCACCAAAUACACCGCUGGACGUAAUGCCCACAGCAGAGCUUUCAUUACGCGGCAUUUGCAAUGAAAUACCGUCUACGGCUUUCCCCUUCCCCUUAGACAUGUUUGGCGAAUAUACUGAGACACCCGAAGAUAGCGAGCUAACCGAAGAUGAUGCUUUGUUGGGUAGUGAAGAUUACGAUAUGGAAGAAUACGAAGAAACCGAAUCCGAACUAGAUAAUGAGUUGAAUGCGCGCAAUGAGUGUGACGCAGUCGGCAACAACACUGUCAUCAGUACUGCCGAAGCGGCUACAAACACAACGCCAAUGUUGCAUAUGAAAAACUCAAGCACGCUAUCGGUGCGGCAAUUUGACAGUGUUAAUGACAAUGAAACUAUUGGCAAUAUACCAGUAGCCAUAUUACGUGGUCUAACUACGCGCGGUUCAUCGGCUGACAACAACCAAGAUAUGGUAAUAGUUUUUCUUACACAGUAGAUUAAUAUUUUCAAAAACUAUAAACAUAUAUGUAUGUUAAAGUGUGGUGAAAUAGUAUAUUUUAAUUAAUGUAAUGUGUAUAUUGACACUUGGCAGUUAACAAGUUAGUGUUGAAAAUCUUUAAAGUUUUGUAUUAAAAGCUUUCGAAGUAAAUUAUUAGUGUCACUUCUGCUGUCAAUUGCCAAUAUAUACGUUCUACGCACAAAAUUUAAAAAUAUUAAUGUCUCCAAAACACACACUACUCUGAUUUAUCACUUUAA